GGGAGAAACUGGGCUUUGGAGUCCCCCGCGUCCCCAGCGCUGCCCCCCACCCGGCGGCGGAGCCAUGACCCAGCGACACGGGUGGCGGUGCCGCCCACCGAGGAGGGGACAGACCCCGGGGUGGCCCCGGGCCGGAGUGGGGAUGUCCGGCCGCCCCCCCGCGCCGGGCAGGCUCAGUUUCGGUUCUUCCCGCUGCUGCCGCGCCCGCUCCGGCGCCGCCGCGUCCCGGCCAUGAAGCCCCGGCACGGCGAGGUGUCCAUCCCGCUGCAGCCCCCCGGGCGGGGCGCGCCCCCCGCCGCCGGCCCCGCCGAGCAGCCCCGCGACUACGUGCUCUGGUCGCUCUUCAACGUGCUGGCGGGAUACGUGCUGGCCUGCCUGGGCUGCCUCUGCUUCCCCGCGCUCGUCUUCUCCAUCAAGGCCCGUGACUGCAAGGUGCUGGGGGACCUGGAGGGUGCCCGGCGGCACGGUGCCCGCGCCAGGGUGCUGAACAUCAUCUGCUCCCUGCUGCUGGUGGCCGGCGUGGUGCUCACCAUCAUCGCGGUCAUCGCAGUCACCAUCGCCGUCACCUGAUGGCCACCUGGCCACCAGCCCGCUUGCUGCCCCCCCGCCAAGCGUCCCCGCUGUGGGUGCGUGGUGCAGGGUCCCCGCUGCUGCACCCCGGGGUGUCCCAGCGCAUGGAGGGGUGGGCCAGGCUGGGACGUGGGGCACAGCCCCCUCUUGUCUCUGCUGGGGCACGGGGAGCUGCUGGGCUUCAUGGAGUGGUGACACAUGUAUAGGUCACUGUUGCCACCAAUAAAGCUUGUCCUGCCAAAA